UUUGUUUAAAUCAAUUGAAAUAAAAUUAUAUAAAAAGCGAUUAAUAUGUUUGACAGUCCAGUAUUAUUAAUACUAUUAUUAAAAGUAUAUAACAGACACAACUGUCGUCACCUAUUAUAAUAUGAGACAUACAUUGACUGCAUUGAGAAUUGCAUUGAAAGGCACUUAUAAAGCUUACCUAUAUAUAAGUCAGUGGUUUUGGUCACUAUUCAUAAUGUCAUUUUCGCCAUCCAUUUAUGGAUCGCUGACCAGGAAACUGUUUAAAGUAUGGAAUGAAAGGGCGGAACUGCCUAACAAACAGCUGGUGCGGUCACUGCCCUAUGUAUUUCAUGACAUGGAUGUCUAUCCGUCGCGAUCGCAGAUCCAUGAGAUGAUACACUGCGCCAACCAUUGUUCACAUCGGCUGAAUGCCGACUACUUAACCUUUGGCGAGUUCUGUGUCUACGCCUCUGAGCUUAAGUCCUCCGCCGAUUACGACGACAAUAAUAUAAGUCAUUUGCAGCCACUGUCCAAAUGUGAUAUACCGGAGCACAGAAAAGUCACGCUUAGCCAACAAAAAGAGUCGUCAAAGUGUUUAGAGACGAAGUUUGAAGUAUUUUUAGGCGGCUCUUGCAAUCCGACCACUUGGAGGGUCGACACUGCCAUACCUAUACUGAAAAGUUUGGGCAUUACUUAUUAUAAUCCGCAAGUGUCCAGUUGGAGACCCGAACUCAUUGAGUUGGAGUGGAAUGCAAAACAGAACGCCGAUGUAUUACUGUUUGUCAUCGACAACCAGACCCGCGGCAUUGUAGCCAUGAUUGAGUCGGCAUUCAUAUGCGGCUCUCAGCGCAACUUAAUCCUAGUAUUUAACGAGACUCCCGGUGCCGGCACUUUUAUCGAAGGAGAGCCUAUUACUGAAAGUGAAUAUAAAGACAUAAAACAGGGUCAGUCGUAUCUUCAAGAUAUUGUUGAACGACACGGUAUUCCCAUUUUUGAUCAGUUACCGGUAGCCUUGGCCUGUGUUCAUCGUAUACUUCGCGAAGGUAUUCGCCCACAAGACCUGUCUCGCGAAGACAAUGCAAUGCCUGUACGCAACGGACACUUACCAUUGGGCGACAAAUUGAUUCGUCUGCGCGAAGUGUUUGACUCGCUCGACAACGACAAUACCGGUGAGAUUAGUCUCAGUGAUCUGAGACUAGCGUUUCGUAUAAUAACGGGGCGCGAGCUGUCCAACAAUAAUCUGCGGCAAAUUGCUGUCGGCAAACUUGACGACGAACCGAUGGAUUGCGUCGACGACGACAACAACGAAUUUAAAACAGUAAACUUGGAUGACUUGUGCAUCAAUUUCGAAGAGUUUUGUUGUAUUGUCACCGAAUUCAAGGCUCAGAUCAACGAAAACUAUAAAUUUAGUCAACAAUUGGCCAGAAAAUUGGUUUAUUUAGUCGAACCCAUACAGAGAUUAUUUGAUUGGGUGUCCAAAUCAUUUCGCGGCUCUAUUAAGCCAUCAUCUAGUAGUCAACAAAUACCAUACGAUAAUCAGUAUCGCGACAUCUACUUAGGCGGCUCUUGCCAUACCAGCACCUGGAGGGAAGACAUCGCCAUACCUUUACUUAAAAAAAAUGGUUUAACUUAUUUUUCAUCUCAAUUUAACUCAUGGAGCGGACAGCGUAUUAUACCUAUAGAAGCGGCAACUAUUGAACGAAGUCGUGUCCUAUUGUUUUACAUAAAUAACACUUCCAGAGGAUUAUCAUCUAUGAUAUUGGCCGGUCAUUAUGUGGCACUGGGAUGUAAUGUCGUUCUCUGUAUAGAAGAUUUAAAAGACGGAUGUAUUAUUGACGGCGAAAAAUUGACUACUGCAGCCAUAAAAGAUUAUAACAGAGGACGAGCUUAUCUCUCGGAUAUGACCACUCGGGUAGGUCUUCCAGUGUUCAAUGAUAUCAAAGAAGCGGUGGAAUGUUGUGUCAAAAAAUGUAUUUCCAAUAAUAAUAAUAACAACACAACGAACUUCAGUUAUCAAUAGA